GCGGCGCGGGCCACCGGCAGCGCCGCUCUGGGCAGCCGCAGCGCGGGGCGGGGCGUCGGCCUCCUUCCCGCUUCCCGCUUCCCGCUUCCCGCUUCCUGCUUCCGCUCGGGACCUCGGUGCUGCCCGUCCGUCGCUUGCCGUGCCCGCGGCGCCGCCCUCCCGCUGGUGCAGUGUCUCCCCUGUAAAAAAGCGGCUGAGAUGUUUGACGUGAAGGCUUGGGCUGUAUACAUUGUGGAAUGGGCUGCCAAGGACCCCUAUGGUUUCCUCACUACAGUGAUCCUGGUCCUCACGCCCCUGUUCAUCAUCAGUGCAGCACUGUCGUGGAAGCUUGCAAAAAUGAUUGAGACCAGGGAGCGAGAGCAGAAGAAAAAACGGAAACGCCAGGAGAACAUUGUAAAGGCCAAACGAGCAAAGAAGGAUUAAAUGGGCAAGAAAGGCCUUCCUUGGGCAGAGAAUUCACUUUAUUAUUGAAGCACUGCUGUACGUUUUGUGUUGUAACCAUCCUUUGAUACUUGAUGCUGUUGUUUCUUGAAUUAUGAAAUUUUAACUUCUGCUGAAAUCAUCUGUGUUAGAAGCUGCCCCAGUGACACAGUCACUUCAUCUCCUGCUUAUGUUUCUGUGCAGACUGCUUCUCCAGAUUUGCAUGUUAUAUUUAAAAAUGAAAUAGUCGGGGAGCUUUAGGGACAUAUCUUUUUCUUUAGCUGAGCUAUGACUCAAAAAGAGUCCAAUUAUGGGGAUAAUGUAAAUGACUCCUUAAUGCUAUGAUCUUUGGUUUCUUAGUGUAGCACAUGCUUCUCCAUUGCAGCAGUAGUUCACAUUGUGCUUACGUGCAUUUGCAGUUCCUGGUUUAACUGGACUAUGGGAAGGGAGGUUCUGGUACACCUGCAGCAGAGCUGUGGAGCAUUUGUCUUCCGAGAUUCUUGUUUGCUGUUGUUUUACUGACACACUUUCAAUGUGUGCAGUGCAUAUGGCUGUGCAGUGCAUUCACUGCAUGCCCAUCAGGUCUGCAGUAGCUCAGCUGGUGGGGCUUGUCUGCACAUGAACCAAACUGACUUCUCAUGUUUCCUCUACAACCCACCCAUCAGCAGUCUUCAAGUUCAGCCCAAACUCUGGGAAACUAAUUCCUUGUCUUUAGUACCUUCUUUUGUCUGAGGCUACUCCUGUACACUGUAGUGUUGUUUGGUUUUCCCUAAUUAUCACCUGAACUGUCCAUCUCUAACUUGUUUGUCUGCAGAAGAUUUUUUGCCUCAAAGAAUAGCCAUAAGUGGGAUCAGAUGAAGGGCCCAGGUGGCCUCGAGUUCUAUCUUUUGUGACCUGUAGCAGUUGGCCAUGGGAGACUACCCAAGUAGAAUAUGCAUACUGGUGACACAAGUUCUUCCUACUUGCUGGCCCUCUAGCUACCUGCGCUUUAGGACCUUCUGAGUUUAGGUGGUAUUAUUUUGCUCUGACAGCUCCUGAAGAUCUGCUGUAACCCAGAUUACAAAAUGCUGGCAUUGCAGAAACAGUCCAAGUGAAGUUUUUGUUGUAAAUAUGCAAAAAAAACUUUAACCUUAAUUCCAAUUCUCCUUUUUCUAACAAAUGGUUAAUUUUUCACAGCCUGAUUUUUUCAGCCUAAUUCUAAAGAGUCUGUGGAAGUCAUUAGGUUUUUACACUUAGCAUAUUUCUAAACGGCAGCACGGAGCUGUUCUGUCUAGCAACUAGUCCGUUAUAUGGUUAAAAGUAAAAUCUUUAGAUAACAUCCCGUUCAGCAGAGACUUACAGAGCUGGCUGAUAGCAGCAGGAUAAAGGGGAAGUUUUACUGCAAUGACUUGAAGUAAAUAUGAAGUACCUACCUGCAACCAGUAUCUGAUGACCAUCUUUCAGUUCCGUUGGUCAGAACAAGUGUCACUGGAAUUAUGUUUUGACACUUCAUGGUACAUGAAAUCAAGUCACCGCUCUUGGAAAUGUUGUCAAGUGUGUAUGUAUUCCACCUUUGAUACCUAGAUAGUUUAAAAUGCGUACCUACAUGGUUUAAAAUAAAUUUGAUA